AUGCGACGACAAUACACAGCUCUGCAGUUCUUACUGACUGCAACGGUCCUCGGCACACUCAACCCGCUCCUGCUCGCCUUCGCGAGCGUCCCAGCUGGCCAUGGCGUGGACAUUCCCCACGAAACGGAGGGCAGUCUGAUCGGCGGGCCGAUCAUUAGCGACGGGGCGGGCUUCCCCGUUGCGCUGGACUCGUUCAAUGGGCUGGAGCUGCGGGAUGAUGUGGGCGAGGAUGGCGAAUCCGGCGGGCUGGACCUGGUGCGGAGGAAUUAUCCCAGUGACGCGAAGUCGCUCGGCAACAACCAGUUCCAGGAGCCUACGAUUGAGGUUGGCGGCGUGCAGUGGUUCUUCAUUACCAAGGAUGUGGUGAAUGGCAAUAAGUCGAACACGGUUUCGACGCUGCCAGCCAAGUUGAGUGCCCGGGGCUUUGAGGAGGACGACAAUAAUGUCAAGCUUGAGCUGCGGAAACGAGACCAGCAGCUGACGAAGCGCGACGAGACCACUGUAUACCUGUCGGUGACGAUGUGCGCCAAGCCAACGUCGAACAGCAGCACGGUAUCUGGCUCAUUUCCCCAAUUGCAGGUGUACUACUCGACGUCCGAGAGCCUCGAGAAGCCCGGACCAGGCGAGGACGACAACCUCCAAACGACGAUCGAAGCGAGCGGCGGCUUCGCCAACGCCUCGAUCACGACCGAUAGUGACAUCUUCAUCGGCGUGGCCGCCCCCAACUCGACCACCUAUUCAGGGUCCUUCCGCUACCAGAUCGCCGCAUCCAUUGAUGCGCCCUUCCACAACGUAAUCGACGACGAUCCGAACCUAUACUUCGUCGAUGCCGACAUCUCGGCCGCCCUGCUGGUCACCGACAACCUGACGCAAUCGGAGCCCAACUCGACCAACUACAAGCAAUGGAUGAACCUGAAACCGCCGUACACCAUGUUCGCACACAAUAUCAACAACACCGCGCUGGCGGGCCUGGAGCGCUCAUUCUGCGCAUUGGACAGCCUCUCGACGCUGGGACGUAUUAGCAACUCGACUGAGGUGGGCAUGACUUCCCGUGGGCUGGGCAAUAAGCCCAAGGAGCAGUUCUACAUCACUGGCCUCAACCGGAGUUCCACGUAUAAUGGGAUUCUAGCGAUGGUGGGUAACUCGACGAGCUCCGGGAACGGGAUUAUCGGCGGCGGCGGAUCGGUGUGGAAGGCGAUGAAUUUCAGCACAAAAGCAGAUGACAACUGCGCCGUCCUCUUUAACCUAACCUUCUGCUCAGAAGUAGCCUACGCAGUGCCCGCAAACCCCCAACUCAAAACCGCUAGCGAGCUCCGUACUAUCUACGACACCUACGCCGCCGACUACUAUAAAAAUUUCACCUACAGCCUCCAACAAGUACAAUGCACCACAGACCCCGAAUCUAUGUACUCGCUCGCCGUCGGCUGUGAUGACUGCGCAGAUGCCUACAAGCAAUGGAUCUGCAGCGUCUCGAUCCCCCGCUGCGCAGACUUCACCAAGGACGCAUCCUACCUGCAAGUGCGCAACGCCGGGCAAGACUUCAUCAACGGGUCCUCCCUGCCGGCGGACAGCGUAUACCGGCAAAGCGCGGUGACGAACGUGAGCCGUAACGCGCUUAUCGACGAGCAGAUCCGACCGGGACCGUACAAGGAGAUUCUGCCCUGCCAGGAUAUCUGCUAUAGUCUUGUCAAGUCUUGUCCUGCGAAGCUGGGCUUUGGGUGUCCGACGGGGCCGUGGUUGAAUGCCAGUUAUGGGACUCGUGAUGCGAAUGGCGAUAUCACGUGUAGUUAUCUGGGUGCGGCGUACUACUUGAACGCCGCGGUGAGGGUUGGAUGGGGCGCGUUGUGGGUGGUAGUUGUUGGGGCAGGAAUUUUGCUUUUAUAG